CAUCCCAACCAAGACCCAUGGGGCAAGCUGUCUCCGACUCCUGGCCGCCAGACUUUGUAUCCUUGAACAUACCAGAGCUCGAAGAACUGCUUGGAGAAAAGAGCUGAUCAGAACAUUUUCCAUCCCCGCCAUUUCUCAUCCCGAACACCACCGGCCGAGCCCGGUCGCCUACAGCACAGUACAGUCCAAGUCCCGAAACGCCGUGCGCCCGGAACAGUACAUAUACACAGCCGACCGGAGCCAGCAAGAUGACCCCCGGCAUCCACACCAAGCCUUCGCUCCGGGCAACCCUGAUCGGCGCCGGCGUGAUGGCCUCACUGAUGCUAUUCCAUCUCUACCUGGAGUACCAGCCGUCGCUGUUUUUACUCAACCACGAUCUGCGAGGGGGCACUCGAGUCAUUCAGGACCCCAGAUCACCCUCGACGCUUCUCAACGAGAGCUCGCCAGCUCGCGGCUGGCUGGAAGUUGAAUAUCCUGCAGGCCCCCUCGAGCCGCUCGAGUACACGCGUCUUCCGGCCAUCAAACGCCCCAACAAUUGGACCUGUCUGUUGCUCCAUGGCUUGGGCGACCACCAGGCCUCGGACUCCUUCCGUCUCCGCGAGGCCCUCCUCACUCUCCGUCCCGCCCUCUUCGAGCCCAUGAGCUUCGUCAUCCCCGCCGCCGACGCCCUCCCCGUCACCGUCUUUCCAGGACUCCCUCGGCCCGCUUGGUUCGAUAUCAGAAAUUGGUCGGACAUCCAUCGGGACGAGGAUGUCCUCCAUAUGAAACAUAACGUCCGUCGACUCGUCCAUAUCAUCAACCUUCUUCAGCUCGACUUGAGUCGCACUAUCAUUGCGGGCUUCAGUCAAGGUGCGGUAAUGUCUCUUCUUCUUGGGCUCACCCUAGACCGACCACCGGCGGGAGUGAUCAUGCUGUCGGGAUUCCUGCCGAUGCCGGACCAACUAGAAGCGAUUUUCAGCCGGCCGACAACGGAGACGGGGAUCAGGCGCCAGACGAUCCUGCACUGGUUGCAUGGGGCCGAGGACCCGUACUUCCCGCUCCCGUUCGCCCAACAGGGCUUCCGUCGUCUCCAGAAACUCGCCCUGUUCCCCCCGCACAACACCUUCUUCUCCCAUAUCAACAGGCUCGACCAUCGUUGGUCUCUCGAAGAACUCGGCCUCCUCGCCAAUAGCUCCCUUGAUCGCUUCUUCCCAACUACCCCUUCCUCCUCUUAAUCUUCCCUCUUUAUAAACCUCUUGUCUGAUCAAAAUUCCUCUCUUUUGCUUGUAUCGUCCCCCCCCCCCAUCCAGACCCCUACUUCUUUGUGCCAACAUAGCUUUGGCACCUUGUAACCUAUACCCGCCCUUCUACUUGGUCUCCUCUUUCUUGGCUUGGGAUGGGAUAUUCGAUUACCAAUUUGAGGCCAGUCGGUCUCGACGGGUUUCGACCCCCUCCUCCCCACUACAAGAUCUCCCAAUAAUCACUCCCAAUCUUUCUCUCUCUCUCUCUCUCCCCCCAAAAAAUUGCAUACGUUUUAUUGAUUGUUUGUUACUUAUAACUAUUCCCUUUUCAUUUACUUCGAAGUAGACUGAUUGCUGGUGUUUUUUUUCUUCUUCUUCUUUCCAUUUAUAUCAACACUACAAGUACAAGAUUUACAUACUCUAUCACCAAUAUAUAUAUACCUUUUGAGAUGCAUAAUCCACUUCUGUCGUCUUCUUUUUGCUUUUGUUCCUCUUUAUCUUUUUUGAGCUUUGCUGCUACUAGAGUUCCUUAUGAGUUUCUUUUUUCUUCUUUGUUAUCUUGGACAGACUUACAAUAGUUCAACUUUGAAUCAUGCCAAUGGAAAUGGAGAAGAGAGGAGCAAGAGAGCCAAGGAACUGUGAAUCCAUGGACUUGAUGUGUGGUGUGUGUGUGAGGCUUCUCAGACCCCUCCUUCCUUUGAAAUCCUACACAUAUACAUACAUUUUGUCUCUCUUGGGUUACUACUACAAAACACUGAGG